GGAGGCAGGAGGAGGACAUGACUGAUCAGUCCUCAUGAAUAUCCAGCUCCACUUGUUCUUGUUCUUCCUUUGCUUCGUGCUGGUGGAAUCAGAAACGACAGCGUCGAUAAGGAAAGAAUGUCGGCAGAAGCAGCAGCAUCAUCAUCGGCCCACGAUGAGCAUCGGGGUUGUGAUUGAUGAGAGUUGUCGAGUGGGCAAAGAGCAGAAGAUAGCCAUGGAAUUGGCUGUUGCUGAUUUUCGUCCUUGUCUGAACCUGGUUUUGCACCCAAGACCUUCGCAUGGGAGCUCAGCUCCUGCUGCUUCUGCGGCAAUUGAUCUUAUCAGCCACAAUCAAGUCGAUACCAUUCUUGGAACAGUAACACAGCAAGAAGCCACCAUACUCUCAGAACUCAAGACAUCCAUGGCCAGAAGCACUCCCAUCAUUUCCCUUUCUCCGGUAGCCUUUCCUCCUCAAGAAAUGGUACAAAAACCGCCAUCUGUUAUCCAAAUAACUAGCCCAAUCACCUACCAAAUGCAAUGCAUAGCUGCAAUCGUCGGCCGUUUCAGGUGGAGAAAUGUGGUGUUGAUACAUGAGCAAGAAAGCAGCUUCUCUGAAGAUUCAAGUCUCUUCACUCUCCUCUUGGGCUCACUACGGGCCGUUGAUUCGUCCAUUGAGCAUCACUUGUCUUUCCCUCGUAUCUCUUCUCUGCUAGAUCCCAAAGCAGUUGUUGAAGAAGAGCUGAAGAAGCUCAGAAGUAGGAGUGGUAGAAUUUUCGUGGUUGCUCCGUCGUCUAUGGACUUUGCAGUGAUCUUGUUUGAGAAGGCUAAGGGGUUAGGAAUGAUGACAAAAGGCUACGUGUGGAUUGUAUCAGAUGAGAUUGCUAAUCUUCUUGAUUCUGUUGAUUUGUCGGUCAUACUUAAUAUGCAAGGAGUUCUUGGUUUGAAGACGGACUAUGCAGACACCACCGAUUACUACAAAGAGUUCAAAUCCAAAUUCAGAAGAAAAUACAGGGAAAAGCAUCCAACAGAAGAAGAGAAUUCGUCCCCGAGUGUGUAUUCUUUACGUGCUUAUGAUGCAGUUUCAGCCCUUGUCAAGGCUUUCCAGAACUCAGAAGGCAUAAAGAUUAAUUCCACAGAACUAAUGCAUCAUGUUUCAUCGAGCAACUUUCAAGGCCUCAGUGGUGAAAUAAGAUUAAAAAAUGGUUUACUUUCACAUAAGCCCAUUUUUCGGAUUGUUAACGUGAUUGGUAAGAGCUACAGAGAAGUAACCAUGUGGUCACCGGAGUUUGGUUUCUUGGGGGAACUUAUAAGUUCUAUCUACUGGCCAGGCGGUGAGCGAACCAUCCCAAAGGGAUGGACUAUGGGAAGCAAUGAGAAGCCUCUGAAGGUAGGGGUUCCUGCCAAAGGUGCAUUUAAUCAGUUUGUGAAAGUUGCAUAUGAUCAAGGCCAUAACCAGACUCAAAUCAGUGGAUUUUCAAUCGAGGUUUUCGAAGCUGCCAUUAAACAACUGCCUUACAAUCUCGAUUACGUGUUUGUCCCGUAUUAUGGUUCGUAUGACGAAAUGGUGGCUGAAGUUCACAACAAGAGUCUGGAUGCAGCAGUAGGUGAUACAGAAAUAAUGGCGGAUCGAUACGUGUACGCUGAGUUUUCACAACCCUACAUCGAAUCAGGGCUGGUGAUGUUAGUGACAGCAAAACCACGGCUAAAAGAAUCGAGGUUCAUAGCGUUAAGUGCCUUCACCAAGAAGAUGUGGAUCCAACUUGCAGGGUUGAGCAUGUCAACAGGAGCUAUCAUCUGGCUAAGUGAAUAUGCAACAGGCAAUGAGCAGUUCGCCAACAACUCAUUCCUUCAACUCAUUGGCUCCGUCCUAUGGCUUUCAAUCACAAUUAUCUCCUUCUCACAGAGAGAAAAUAUCAGGAAUGGUACAUCUAAGCUUGUGUUGGCAGCGUGGAUAUCUAUAGUUUUUGUUGUGGGAGCAAGUUUUACCGCAGUCUUGAGUUCAAUGAUGACAGUGCCAAGGCUCCAACCAUCAAUCCUGGACAUAGAUCAUCUUCGGAACACAAAUGCUGUCGUUGGAUGCAACGGGAACUCCUUCAUCGUACGGUAUCUAAUAGAUGUUUUACAUUUCAAGCAAGAAAAUGUCCAAAGAAUCUACUCCAUCAACGACUACCCGAGAGCUUUUGAAACUGGGGAGAUCAAAGCUGCUUUCUUCGUCGCCCCACACGCGAAAGUGUUUCUUGCGACGUAUUGCAAAGGCUACACCAUCUCAGGGCCUAGUAUCAAACUAGGUGGUUUUGGCUUUGUUUUCCCGAAGGGCUCACCGUUGGCAGUUGAUAUUUCAGAAGCAAUACUCAAAUUAACACAGAGCGGACACGUAAAUACGUUAGAGAAAAACAUGCUUUAUCCUUCAAAUUGCACAUCAUCAACCAACAGUGAUGAAGCAGAUGACAUGAAACUAGGCCCUGAGCCCUUCUCCGGUCUGUUCCAGGUUUUAGGUGGAAUCAUAGGAGUUGCAUUCUUCAUCUCGGUCAUUCGUUUGGUGAGAACGAAGAGGAUUAGCAUUCAUGAUCUACUGCAAAGAGCACUGAUAGUGAAGAGGAUUUGUAUGCGGGCUUCGUCCGUGCUCGCUGAAUGCUACAUAAGGUUUCGUUGGCAUUCGGAAGGCAGCCAAUCGUAGGUAGAUAUGAAAACUAUAAUCCUCACGAGUAUAUUAUACUUGUAAUGUGAUUGUUGUACAAUAUAAGGACACUCACCGAUCAUAUAACAAAUGUAUUAAUAUUCUCAAUGUGAUUAGUUUUG